AGUCUCAGGAGUGGUAGCAUUCGUCAUUUCCUUCAACGAGAGCAGCUCAACGGACUUCCUUUCUUUUGCUCAGCCAAAAUCGCAGGAUGAAGGCGGUGAAGAGCGAGCGGGAGCGGGGCAGCCGGCGAAGGCACCGGGACGAGGACAUGGCGGCGCCGCCGGCGGCGGUGGUGGUGAAGCAGGAGCGCCUCAGCCCAGAAGCCGCGCCUCCCGCCCACCGCCGACCUGACUUCUCCGGCGGUAGCCAGUCCCCGCCGGCCUGCGAGCCGGGUCGCCCUGGCCACCGCGGGAGCCGAGCUCGGGGCGUCAGCCGGUCUCCAGCCAAAAAGAAAAACAAAUCUUCAGGUAGAAGUAAGUCUCCUCGAAGUAAGAGAACCCGAAGUCCUCACCACUCAACAGUCAAAGUGAAGCAAGAACGUGAGGAUCAUCCUCGAAGAGGACGGGAGGAUCGUCAGCACCGGGAAGCAUCAGAACAGGAACACAGGAGAACUAGGAACAGUGACCGAGACAGACACCGGGGCCAUUCCCACCAAAGAAGAACUUCUAAAGAGAGGCUUGGGAGUGGGCUGCCUCAGGGGCGAGAUCGAGACAUUCAGAACCUGCAGGCUCAGGAGGAAGAGCGGGAAUUUUAUAAUGCCAGGCGACGGGAGCACCGCCAGAAGAAUGAAGUUAGCAGCAGUGGUCAUGAGUCUCAGGAAUUGGUUCCUCGGCCUGGUGGCAACAACAACAAAAAAGAGGUGCCUGUUAAAGAAAAACCAAGCUUUGAACUUUCUGGGGCACUUCUUGAGGACACCAACACCUUCCGGGGUGUAGUCAUUAAAUAUAGUGAGCCCCCAGAAGCACGAAUUCCCAAAAAACGGUGGCGUCUUUACCCAUUUAAAAAUGAUGAGGUGCUUCCAGUCAUGUACAUACAUCGACAAAGUGCGUACCUCCUGGGUCGACACCGCCGUAUCGCAGACAUUCCAAUUGAUCAUCCAUCCUGCUCAAAGCAGCAUGCGGUCUUUCAGUAUCGGCUUGUGGAAUAUACUCGUGCUGAUGGCACGGUAGGCCGAAGGGUGAAGCCCUACAUCAUUGACCUUGGCUCAGGCAAUGGAACCUUCUUAAACAACAAACGUAUUGAGCCUCAGAGAUACUAUGAACUGAAAGAAAAGGAUGUACUCAAAUUUGGGUUCAGUAGCAGAGAAUACGUCUUGCUCCAUGAGUCAUCGGACACUUCUGAAAUAGACAGGAAAGAAGAUGAGGAUGAAGAGGAAGAGGAGGAAGUAUCUGACAGCUAGCAACUAAGAACCCAAACUAUUGAGCCACCUUUUCCUUCUUGGAAGGCUUUGAUUGACUCAGAGCACCUUGGUGCUCUUUGUAAUGCCUCUUACUGCCUUAAGUCUUUCCUCUGUUGCUGACCAGCUUAUGUUAACAAUUUAAGAACACUGGCUUAAGUUUGGAACUUUUUUCUGUGGCACAUCAGCCAUAUGCCUGGGGGCAUUUGUUUUCAGAACAGUCUCACCAACUACAACACAUCGUGUUUUAAUAGAAGCAUUGUGGCUUUAGUUGGUGCUGCAGGAACUGCUGCUUAGGAAACUUAGUUAAGGGGGAAUCGUGGCUUGUUCUUUUUGUAAAAUUACUUUAUUUAUUUAGUUGUUAAGAUUUGUGGACCGGGUAUUUUUGUUUUGGGGGCAAACCCCUGAGCAGAGAAUCUUACUAAGCUUUGGUUGUCACCAAAACAGCCUCCAAUAUAUACCAAAGCUUUGACCUGGUUGAGCUUUUGAGUUGUAGAGGUUGAUUUUGCACUUCAUUUUUGGUGGGUGGGAACUUACUGCAGUCAAUAAACUUUAUUGACUGUUUUUAACUUAAGCAGAUACUUUGUGGCAUCGGCUUAAGACUAUGGCUAUACAGAAAGAUCAUGGCUACUACGAACGAGUGCUGAUUCAGUAUCACAAGAGACUGAAAUGGGUCAUGGAUCUGUUCUCUAUGAGAGUUCCUGAUUUUCCAUGGAGCAUGUAUAUAACACUUUUGAUCAUAUUAACUCUUCUUCAGUUUUGCAUUUUAUCUCCCUCAUUUUUCUUUGAGAAAUGCCCUGUCACUUAUGUGGCAGAGUCCUUACUUUAUUCUAACAACAUGUGUAUAUGUCUAAAGGACAUUGUGUUUUUACAUGUCUCUACACAAUUUAUCCUUUAAAAAUGUGUUCAGAGAGGUUGUAUUAUGUUCCCAAGGCUGGAAAACGGGAAUCUUCCGGUUCCCUAAUUUUCUACCAGAGGAAUAUAUGUAAGUAGAAAAGUAUUAACUA